AUGGCAAUAGACAGAGACUCCUCCCACUCGCCGCCCAUACAUCUCAUAAUCCGCUUCAGCGCCUCAAUUUCCGACCUGACAAUUCCAGUCACCUCCCCGCAAACCACCAACCCAUCCACGCUCUCCAUACUCAUCCGUCCCCAACUUCCCGCUGACCUCUCAACAUGCUCUCUUCGUUAUAUCUACGCCGGCGCUCUCUUACCGCCAGCUACGACCCUUUCCAACGGUCUCCGCCUCCACCAAAAGAACAUCACACAAUACCAGAAGUUCUACCUCCAUUGCUCAAUCAGCACCACAACACACCUUACGCUCGAGGAACUCGAAGCUGAAGCUCGAGCAGCGAAGAUUGAAGUCUCCUCCUUACCACACUCUCCAAAAGCUACUUCCUUAGCACACAGCGCGCCUGUCCAGCCUGCAGAGCCGCAAGGUUUCGAUCGCCUGCUUACCGCCGGCUUCACCCCCGCCGAAGUAGCUUCCCUUCGCUCUCAAUUUCUCGCUAUUCAAUCACAUGUGCACACGCCUGACAGCAUGCCCACUGGCGCUGCUUUACGAGCGUUAGAAGAGCGGUGGUUAGAUUCCGGCGGACCUGGUGGAGGGAAUGGGGACGGGGGUGAUAGCGAUAGGAUGGACGAGGACGAUGGCACGUUCGUUGGUGGCGGUAGCUUGGCAUUGGAAGACAUGUUGUGGGGUAAUCUGAUGGGUUUCCUCUGGGCCUUGCCGGCUAUCACUUGGCUGGUGAGAGAGGAAGGGUUGUGGACCAGGCGGAGACAGAUAGGGGUGCUGACGGGGGCCUUGUUGAAUAUUACUUUCUGCCUCUUAUGUAAGGGUUCUAGUGGUUAG